AUGGCUGCACUCGGCGAGGAUCUGCUCAUCACGGUCAAUAAGCUGCAGGAUUUGGUUUUCAACACCAUUGGCAGUGACUCCCUGGAUCUUCCUCAGAUUGUUGUUGUCGGUUCCCAAUCCGCCGGCAAAUCUUCCGUCCUUGAAAACAUCGUCGGUCGAGACUUUCUACCGCGCGGAGCCGGCAUCUGCACUCGUCGUCCCCUGAUUCUCCAGCUCAUCAACGUUGCCGACGAUGAAAGCGCCCCCGACCCUUCAAGCGAUCCUUAUCGAUCUCCCGGCGCUGCUCGCCGUUCCGAGUGGGCAGAGUUCCACCAUAUCCCCAACCGGAGGUUCAACGACUUUGGCGACGUCAAGCGCGAGAUUGAGAACGAGACAUCUCGUGUUGCCGGUAACAACAAGGGCAUUAACAGACAACCCAUCAACCUCAAGAUCUACUCUCCUCAUGUUCUCAACCUGACCCUGGUCGAUCUUCCCGGUCUAACCAAGGUUCCUAUUGGCGACCAACCCACCGAUAUCGAGAAGCAGACUCGAAACCUCAUUUCCGAAUACAUCGCCAAGCCCAACAGUAUCAUUCUCGCUGUGUCUCCUGCCAAUGUUGAUAUCGUCAACUCGGAAGCUCUCAAGCUUGCCCGUCACGUUGACCCUCUUGGCCGAAGAACCAUCGGUGUCCUGACCAAGGUCGACCUUAUGGACCAUGGCACCAACGCUCUGGACAUUCUUUCUGGCCGCGUCUACCCCCUGAAGCUUGGUUUCAUCGGUGUGGUCAACCGAUCGCAGCAGGAUAUCCUGGGAAACAAGCCUAUGGAGGAUGCCCUCCAGGCCGAAACAGAUUUCUUCAAGCAUCAUCCUGCUUACCGCAACAUCUCCAUCCGAUGCGGCACUCACUACCUGGCCAAGACCCUUAACACCACUCUCAUGGGCCAUAUCCGUGAACGUUUGCCCGACAUCAAGGCUCGGCUCAACACACUUAUGGGCCAGACUCAGCAGGAGUUGGCCAGCUAUGGGGAUAUGCACUUUAGUGGAAAAGAGCAUCGAGGCUCUCUCAUUCUCCAGCAAAUGACACGCUUCGCCAACUCCUUCAUUUCCUCCAUCGAUGGUACCUCGACUGAGAUUUCCACAAAGGAGCUCUGCGGUGGUGCCCGUAUCUACUACAUCUUCAACUCCGUUUUCGGUAGCUCCCUUGAUACUAUCGAUCCUACCUCCAAUCUUUCCGCCCUCGACAUCAGGACGGCGAUCCGAAAUUCGACUGGCCCUCGACCUAGUCUCUUCGUCCCUGAGAUGGCUUUCGACCUUCUUGUGAAGCCUCAAAUCAAGCUUCUGGAAAUCCCUAGUCAGCGUUGUGUUGAGCUUGUGUACGAAGAGUUGAUCAAGAUUUGCCAUACUUGCGGCUCCACUGAGCUCUCGCGAUACCCUCGACUCCAGGCUAAGCUUAUCGAGACAGUCUCAGACUUGCUCCGGGAGCGACUUGGCCCUGCUUCAUCAUAUGUUGAAUCACUCAUCUCUAUCCAGCGUGCUUACAUCAAUACUAACCACCCUAACUUCCUUGGCGCCGCCGCCGCCAUGAGCAACGUCGUCGGUGCCAAACAGGAGCGAGAGCGGAAAAAGCUAAUCCAGGAGGAGCGAGAACGCCGGGAAAAGCGCCGUCUGCAGGAGCUUGAGGUCGAGGGCGAUGGCCCUGAGAAUGAGGAUGGUGUUACUGGCCCUCUUGAAAAGUCCGAGAAGACCAAGUCAGGACGAGUCAAGGCCACCAAGCCUCCUCGCAGCAUAUCGCCUUCGCUUUCAGUCCGCGAGAACGGAACAUCGAGCCUCUCCGCCCACAUGAACGCCACACACUUGAACGGUCUACGAUCAGCCUCACCUGCCCGACUUAACCAACAGGGACUCGGCGGUGCUCGUGACUCUUUCCUGAACUACUUUUUCGGAAAGGAUGGCCAAACUAUUGGUGGUCCCCUUCCCAGCCCUAGUGGGAUCCCCAACGGACGACAUAUCAGUCAAAACUCCGAGACCAGUUUCCCCAUUGUGCGCCGGGAGAGGGACUUUGGCCGGCCGUCCACAGCCACAACGAUGGCCCCCGAGGAUGAUGUGUACGAUAGGACAGGGAAGAACUACGGCUUGGCUUCCCAAAUGGGAGAAUCCGCGGAGCCGGCCAUGACAGAGCGCGAGGCCAUGGAGACGGAGCUCAUCCGGGCUCUUAUCUCUUCUUACUUUAACAUUGUCCGCGAGUCCAUCGCCGACCAGGUUCCCAAGGCUGUCAUGCAUCUUCUCGUCAACCAUUGUAAAGACGUCGUCCAGAACCGCCUCGUCAGUGAGCUCUACAGAGAAGCUCUCUUUGAGGAGCUCCUCUACGAGGACGACGGCGUCAAGAAGGAGCGCGAGAAGUGUGAGCGUCUGCUCCAGACCUACCGUGAGGCAGCCAAGAUCAUUGGCGAGGUGCUGUAA